AGGCAAUGGAACGGCUGUGGGCAAUCCAACGAACAUAACGACCUCUCAGCUGAAAAAUUUAGGAUUGGUUGCAUUGCAAUCAGCUGCUGCGCGCAUUGUCCUCCAUUUUCUUCAAUAGGUUAAGCGGGAUUUGAGAAAGCGCAACCAUGAGGAAGGUUCUAUUCAUCGUGGGGGACUACUGCGAGGACUAUGAGGUGAUGGUUCCUUUCCAGAGCCUUCUUGGUUACGGCUUUCAGGCGGAUGCGGUCUGCCCCAACAAGAAAGCCGGUGACGUAGUCAGGACCGCCAUACACGAUUUCGAGGGGGACCAGACCUACUCUGAGAAGCGUGGCCACAACUUUGUCCUCACUGCCACGUUCGCCGAGGUGCACGCUGAUGAUUAUGACGCGUUGGUAAUUCCAGGCGGCCGCGCCCCCGAGUACCUCAGCACCGACGACUCGGUCCUCUCGCUCGUCCGCCACUUCUUCUCCAAGAAGAAGCCCGUCGCCUCCAUCUGCCACGGCCAGCUCAUCCUCGCCGCCGCUGACGUCAUCAAGGGCCGCAAGGUGACGGCGUACCCCGCCUGCCGCCCCGUGAUCCAAGCUGCGGGUGCCACGUGGCAGGCUCCCGAGCCCAUCACGUCGUGCUUUAUUGAUGAGAAUCUGGUGACGGGCGCAGCAUGGCCGGCGCACCCCGAGUUUCUGGGGCUGUUUUUGCUGGCCAUGGGGGCCAACGUGAGCAACACCGAGAAGAAGGUGCUGGUGCUAGCGGGCGACUUUGUGGAAGAUUACGAGGUGAUGGUUCCGGUCCAGGCGCUUCAGGGGCUGGGCUACAAGGUGGAUGUUGUGUGCCCAAACAAGAAGGCUGGAGACACCAUCCGAACAGCGGUCCACGAUUUUGAGGGCGACCAGACGUACAGCGAGAAGCCCGGCCACAAUUUCAGCCUCACCGCCGACUUCGCCUCCGUUUCCGCUGACGGCUACGACGCCCUGGUGGUGCCCGGGGGACGAGCCCCCGAGUACCUCAGCCUGGACGAACAGGUGCUGGAGUUGGUCAGAGACUUCACCCGGGCGGAGAAAGUGGUCGCAUCAAUUUGCCACGGGCAGCAGAUCCUGGCAGCCGCCGGCGUGCUCAAGGGCAAAAAGUGCACGGCCUACCCCGCAGUGAAGCCGACGAUCCUGCUGGCCGGGGCGGAGUGGCUGGAGCCGGACCCCAUUUCCAAGUGCUUCACGGAUGGCAACCUGAUCACCGGGGCGGCUUGGCCGGGACACCCGGAAUUCAUCUCCCACAUUGUCAAAGCGCUUGGGACAAAGAUCAGUGUGGAGUGAGUUUGCUUAACGAAAUUGGGGCAGAGAAGUUCAACAGCAACCAUGGAUGUUACGUUUAGUAAGCGUAUGUUGAACCAAGAGAUCAUCUUAUCAAGUAAUGGUUGUCCACUGUAGCGAAACGUAGGUUAGGCACAGCUAGGACAGAAACAAGUUGAGAACACAGCAGCUGAAGAAUGCUGGAUUGAAAACGAAGUUUGUCAAAGUGUGAGAUAUGUUGCGAGUGUUUGCUAGAGAGCUUAUGAGUCCCGCUAGCUAGGAUCUGAGGUGUUGUCUGUAUAACGCUUCAUGCGAAGUGAGAUGUAAGAUGUCUCAAAACCCGCGUUCAGGUUUCGAGCUGAGUAUGCAUUUUAAGGCCGGUUUGAUUGGAAAAAUCUUGUUUCAUG